AUGGAACACUCUUACACAGCCAGCGAUGCUCAGUCGCCUGUGCAAGCUGCCAUUUUCAUGCCACAGCGACGUGACUCACUGAGAAGCAGUUAUAGUGUUGUGACGGAUGUAGGGAUGGCUCGCAGCGAGAUAUUUGAUGGACCAAUUUCGGAAAGUAUCCCAUCCAGCGUUGCAUCAUUCUCCCGCCGCCGCUCUAGAAGAAAUUCCACCAUCACUUUCUCGCAGCAUCAUGAGCAGGAGGACGCGAUUGAAUGGCCGCGCGGGAGGUCCAUGGAUCUCGAAGACCAGGUUGACGAUACAAUUUCUCCCGACAUUGAUGACAAUGGAUCUACCAAGUUUUCUUACAGGUCGAGGCAAUCUGCCUACCGCAGGAGUUCCAUUGAAGAUCCGCUACUUCCGCGGCGGUCAUUGUCGUUUGGCUCUAGUAAUAACGAGUGGAAGAGCAAGGAUAGAAUAAAGCAGGAAAUCCACAUCGCCUCGGAAGACUCGACUCUCGUCAUCACAGGUUUCAGAACAGCUACAACCGGAGCUGUUUUGUAUUUCUUUCUAUGCACUGUGAGCCUUGGCUUCGCUUUCCUUAUCUUCCGAUGGCUUCCAAGGUGGAAGAUUAAGUUGUUGGGAAAAUAUUCAUCUCUGAGUCAAUGUCAAUGGGCCGUGAUUGAGGAUCAAUGGGGACAGCUCAGCAUUUGCGAAGUUCGUGACCAAGCGUAUGAACGACCACUUUCCACGAUCUUUGCGGACUCUUACAGAUACACGUAUGAUGAAGAACGCAACCCUACUGUUGAGCAUCUGAGGUAUCUAGAUUACAGGUACCUGCGGUUUUUCUAUCACCCAUUGCAGGACAAAUUCCUCUUGAUUAGCGGGUGGAAAGAUCCAUCAUGGACCAACGCAAAAACGAUGAGAGUUGGGCUGAAUGCCGACGAGCGCGAUAGCCGUGAGCAGAUUUUUGGUAAAAAUGCCAUUAAUAUACAACAAAAGUCUCUCUUUCAACUCUUGAUUGAUGAAGCCUUCCACCCAUUCUACAUCUUUCAGCUUGCUAGCCUGGUGCUCUGGACUCUCGAUACUUACUACUAUUAUGCUGGUUGCAUUUUCUUCAUAUCUGUUUUUAGCAUAGGAACUACAAUUAUUGAGACUACUUCUACUACAAGGCGGCUAAAACAGAUGUCUCAUUUCGAGUGUGACAUCCGUGUUCUUAGAAAUGGGUUUUGGAGAUCUGUUCCGUCGCAGGAACUUGUACCUGGUGAUGUAUUCGAGUUUUCUGAUCCAUCCCUAAACCAGGUUCCAUGUGACUGUAUUCUACUCUCUGGAGACUGUAUUGUGAAUGAGAGCAUGCUCACAGGUGAAUCUGUCCCGGUCUCGAAGACCCCCUUGACAGAUGAUGCUCUCGACCAUCUCGACUUGAGCGCCCCUUCAGUUCAUCCGAACGUGGCCAAGCAUUUUCUCUUCAAUGGGACGAAGAUUAUUAGGGCACGACGCCCGCAAAGGGUUGACGAUGACGAAGCCAUUGCGCUGGCAAUUGUUAUGAGGACAGGGUUCCUAACAACAAAAGGAGCUCUCAUUCGCUCAAUGCUUUUCCCGAAACCGUCGGGGUUUAAAUUCUAUCGCGACUCCUUCCGCUAUAUAUCCGUCAUGGGCAUAAUUGCCGUCCUCGGAUUCGUUGCGUCCUUCGUCAACUUUGUAAGGCUAGGUAUCCGACAGCUUUCAUGGGGACUUAUUAUCGUCAGAGCUCUAGACUUAAUUACAAUUGUCGUGCCUCCUGCACUUCCGGCUACGUUGACGAUUGGCACCAAUUUUGCCCUCUCUCGCCUGAAAGGCAAAAAAAUCUUCUGCAUUAGCCCUCAAAGGGUCAAUGUGGGCGGUAAGCUCGACGUGAUUUGCUUCGAUAAAACCGGAACCCUCACCGAGGAUGGUUUAGAUGUCCUUGGAAUUCGAGUAAUGACUCAGCAUCAAAGGCUAUCUGAACUUAUUCCAAACGCAUCACCCAAAUUUAUUACACCAUCCACUCAUAUGGCAUGUUCCGAGACAUAUGAUGUGAUAAUUCGCAUCAUGGCAACAUGCCACUCUUUGAGAGCGGUGGAUGACGAACUCCUGGGUGACCCCUUAGAUGUAAAGAUGUUUCAGUUCACGGGGUGGUCCUUCCAGGAAGGUAGAGAUCAGACGCCUGACCAUCGAAACCUCGAACACGAAACGAUAGUUCCAUCCAUUGCCCGUCCACCCAAUUACACACACGUAAACUGUGAUGCUUUGGAUGCUAUGAAUCUUCGCCGCGCAAGUGUUAUCGUAAGACAGUUUGGCGACAGCGGGGCUACCAUUUUUGUCAAGGGCGCACCGGAAAGCGUGAAAGAUAUAUGUUCGCCAGAAAGCUUACCGUCGGAUUUCGAGGAGAUCCUAAGCCAGUAUACGCACAGUGGCUAUCGUGUUAUUGCUUGCGCGGCUCGAUAUGAGCGAAGGUUAAGUUGGAUGAGAAUCCAGAAAAUGACACGUACAGAUGCGGAGUCUAACCUCGAGUUCAUCGGCUUCAUAAUUUUUGAGAAUAAACUGAAGCCCAAGUCUGCGGACACAAUCUCGGAGCUGAAACAGGCAAACAUUCGAAACAUCAUGUGUACUGGCGAUAAUAUCCUAACAGCAAUAAGUGUGGCCAGAGAAUGUGGGAUCUUGGGCGCCGAUGAACCAUGUUUUAUACCGCGAUUUAUAGAGGGUAGUAUCUCUUGCCCUUUUGCUCUUAUCUGUAUUAAUUCGAGCAGGUCCCCAACAGUUGCAGCUCCUAUCCUGGGACCCUCGUUUGACCGCGGCGAAGUGGACCUGUCUGUACCUGGAAUUGCUUGUAAUGCUCUUAAUUACUCGCUUGCAAUCAGCGGUGACGUCUUUAGGUGGGUUUUGGAUUAUGAGGAUGAAAUUGUUGCGAAACGGAUGCUCGUCCGUGGAAAUGUGUUCGCAAGAAUGUCUCCAGACGAGAAGCAUGAACUUGUUGAAAAGCUACAAUCACUCGAUUACUGCUGUGGCUUCUGCGGUGAUGGUGCUAAUGAUUGCGGAGCACUGAAAGCUGCCGAUGUGGGCAUAUCCUUGUCCGAAGCCGAGGCCUCUGUUGCUGCACCCUUCACCAGCCGUCAGUUCGAUGUCUCCUGCGUACCGACACUGAUUAGAGAGGGUCGGGGCUCGUUGGUCACCAGUUUCUGCUGUUUCAAGUAUAUGAGCUUGUAUUCGGCAAUUCAGUUUGCAACAGUCAGCUUUCUGUACACCAAUGCUUCUAACCUGGGAGACUUCCAGUUUCUGUUCAUUGACCUUACGCUUAUACUGCCGAUCGCUAUUUUUAUGGGAUGGACCGGCCCCUGUGAUAUUCUCUCGCGGAAGCGACCAACUGCAGAUCUUGUCUCUCGAAAGGUCUUAACUCCGUUACUCGGUCAGAUCGUGAUAGUUGUGUUCGUUCAAUUUCUUGCAUAUAAGUCGGUCCAGUCGCAACCUUGGUUCAGGGCUCCCAAUAUAGAGCUUGGAGAAGAUAACAUUGAGAACUCCGAAAACACUGUUCUUUUCUUGACAUCCAGCUUCCAGUAUAUACUAGCCAGUAUCGUUUUGAGCGUGGGACGGCCGUUCCGGAAGUCAAUGAGAACAAACGUGCCUUUUCUUACCGUCAUAGUCGCCGACUUGACGUUUUCAGGCUACAUGCUCUUCAGGCCAUCGACAUGGAUAAAGCAGGUCAUGCAAUUGACCUAUUUGUCUGACGCCUUUGCUACCUGGCUACUUGGUCUCGUUCUUGGGAGUUUCUUGUUCGCAUGGCUAGCAGAACGGAAGCUAUUCCCUCAACUUGCUCGUAUUAUCGGACGCUUACAGGUACUUAUGCGGCCAGGCCAUCAAAAACAGCGCCGUCAAUAUAAAACGCUGCUUGAGGAUAUGAGUAGAUAGACCCUGGUUCCGCUGUAUUAUACCCGCUGUUUUCACAUAGAAGAUAAGACAAGC